CCGAUUCGCCGACGUGAACACACGCUUGUCGCGCUUGAAGCAGUUGGAUUUUGGAUUUUCCCAGUCAGAGUCGCGCGUUCGUGUGUUGUGGGCCGCUUUUGUUUGUCUCUUUUUGUGGCCAGCGAUUUGGCAACCGAUGCGAAUAAGCCAAGUUGAGAGCAACGCAACGCCGCACAAAAUCCAUAAAAACAAGAAACACAAGUCGCAAUUAAAUGCAAAUGUGUGAAAGUGUAGCAAGCAUUUAACCAAAAAAAAAUUAAACAAACGAAAAAUCGCGGCUUCAAAGUGCGAACAAGCGCGAACAGAGAAGCUAAACAACAGUGCCAGUGCGUGAUUGUUCGUGCCAGCAUAAGAAAAGCCAAAUAAAUAUUAAUAUUUGCCCAAGAGAUCGGUGCGGAGCAGCUAACCUCACAUUUAAUAAAACACGUAUUAAAACGUAAAUUACUUAAAAAUACAUUAAAAAUGUUCAACCGGCUGCAGCUGCAUCUGUAGUGGUCGCCAGGAUACAAGGAUAACACUUCAACCUUUCUCCAACCCACAAGGACAAUUCUGAGCAAGUGCACCCAUAAUUGUUCAUCAUGAGUCGACUUAAGACGGCUACCGAGCUGGCAUUGCUGCUGGUGAUCCUACAACUCAUCCAGUGGCCAGCAACUGAGGCAUCCUUCGGUCGGGAUGCGUGCACUGAGAUUAGCAUCGACGGCAUCUGUCAGUGUGCACCCAGUAUGUCGGAAUAUGAAAUCAUUUGCCCGGCAAACGCGGAGAAUCCCACGUUUAGGCUGACCAUCCAGCCCAAUGACUACGUACAGAUCAUGUGCAAUCUGACGGAUACCACGGACUACCAGCAGCUGCCGAAGAAAAUGAGGAUUGGUGAGGUCGACAGGGUUCAGAUGCGACGGUGUAUGCUGCCCGGUCACACGCCGAUUGCCAGCAUCCUGGACUAUCUGGGCAUCGUCUCGCCCACGACGCUGAUCUUUGAGAGCGACAACCUGGGCAUGAACAUAACACGGCAGCAUUUGGACCGUUUGCAUGGCCUGAAGCGAUUCCGGUUCACCACCCGUCGUCUGACACACAUUCCCGCCAACUUACUGUCAGAUAUGCGGAAUCUGAGUCAUCUGGAACUGAGGGCAAAUAUCGAGGAAAUGCCAACGCAUUUGUUUGACGAUCUGGAGAAUCUCGAGUCCAUUGAGUUUGGUAGCAACAAGUUGCGACAAAUGCCGCGUGGCAUUUUCGGCAAGAUGCCCAAGCUGAAGCAGCUGAAUUUGUGGAGCAAUCAACUGCACAACCUCACUAAACACGACUUCGAAGGUGCCACCUCGUUGCUGGGCAUAGAUAUUCACGAUAAUGGCAUCGAGCAGUUGCCGCACGAUGUGUUCGCCCAUCUCACGAAUGUCACGGAUAUUAAUCUGAGCGCCAAUCUAUUCCGUUCCCUGCCGCAGGGCCUAUUCGAGCACAACAGACACCUGAACGAGGUGCGCCUGAUGAACAAUCGCGUUCCCCUUGCCACACUGCCAUCGCAACUGUUUGCCAAUCAGCCGGAACUGAAGAUCCUACGACUGAGAGCGGAUCUGCAAACGUUGCCGGGUGAUCUCUUCGAGCAUUCCACACAGAUCACCAACAUCUCGCUGGGGGACAACCAGCUGAGCACUCUGCCCGCCACUUUGCUAAAAUAUCAGGUGAACCUGCUGAGCCUGGACUUGAGCAACAACAGGUUGACACAUCUGCCGGACUCACUCUUUCGUCAUACCACCAAUCUGACGGAUCUGCGUCUGGAGGAUAACCUGCUCACCGACAUUAGCGGCGACAUAUUCAGCAGCUUGAGCAACCUAGUGAGCCUCGUUAUGAGCAGGAAUCGACUUCGCACCAUCGAUACCAUGGCUUUUAUCAACACCAGGGGACUGCGACAUCUGCAUUUGGAUCACAACGAUAUCGAUCUUACGAUCCAGUACCAGCUCAACUCCCCGUUUUGGUACAUGGUCGACCUUUUGACCCUUAAUCUGCGCAACAACUCAAUCAUAUUCGUCUACAACGACUGGAAGAACACGAUGCUCAAAUUGCGGGAGCUGGACUUGAGUUACAACAACAUUAGCUCGCUGAGAUACGAGGAUCUGGUAUUUCUAUCGCAGAACAAAUUGCAUGUCAACAUGAAGCACAAUAAGAUACGAAGUAUCGCAUUGCCCAAAUAUGCUCACAUUGACAACAGCUCCAUUGGUAAUCUGGUGCAUGUGGAUCUUAACGAUAAUCCCCUGGUCUGCGACUGUACAAUCCUUUGGUUUAUCGAGCUGGUUAGGGGCGUCCAUAAGCCGCCGUAUGCCGAGCAGUUCAAGUUAGGCACAGACCGAUUGGUUUGCAAUCAGCCAAAUGCCUUGGAGGGUACUCCAGUGCAAAAGGUGAAACCCCAGACGCUCCUCUGUCCGCUGGACUUAUCCGAUGAUCCCAAGUAUAGAAAAUGUCCGCGCGGCUGCGACUGCCAUGUGCGAACCUAUGACACUGCACUCGUCAUCAACUGCCAUAGUGGCAAUCUGACUCAUGUUCCCCGCUUGCCCAAUCUGCCUAAAAACAUGCUAUUAAUGGAGCUGCAUUUGGAGAACAACACACUGCUCCGACUGCCUUUGGCCAAUACACCUGGCUAUAAAAGUGUCACUAGUCUCCAUCUGGCUGGCAACAAUCUAACCAACAUCGACGUGGAUCAACUGCCUACCAAUCUGAACCAUUUGGAUGUAAGUUGGAACCACCUGAAGAAUCUGAACGACACCGUGCUGGGUUUCCUUAAUCGUACCAUGAAAUGGCGCUCUGUACAGCUGUCCGGAAAUCCAUGGAUGUGUGAUUGUAACGCCAAGCCGUUACUCCUUUUCACCCAAGACAACUUCGAAAGGAUUGGAGAUCGCAAUGAAAUGAUGUGCGUGGACGCCGAAGUGCCCACUCGAAUGGUGGAAUUGUCGACCAACGACAUUUGUCCGGCGGAAAAGGGCGUGCUCAUAGCCCUGGCUUUGGUAAUUGCAUUGACUGGUCUUAUAGUCGGCCUCAUUGCGGCCCUGUACUACAAAUACAAGAUGGAAAUCAAGAUUUGGUGGUACAAUAAUUUAGGUGGGUGUUGGCCUUGGCCUAUCUUGGAGGAGGACCUGGACAAGGACAAGAAGUUCGAUGCCUUCAUCUCGUACUCGCACAAGGACCAGAGUUUCAUUGAGGACUACUUGGUGCCGCAACUGGAGCAAGGACCUCAGAAGUUCAAGCUGUGUGUGCACGAUCGCGACUGGAAGGUGGGCGGCUACAUUCCCGAGAACAUUAUGCACUCCGUGGCGGACUCAAGACGGACUAUUAUUGUGCUCAGCCCGAACUUCAUCAAAUCGGAGUGGUCGCGCCUUGAAUUCAAGGCGGCACAUAGAUCGGCACUGGACGAAGGACGCGCGCGCGUUAUUGUGAUCAUCUACUCGGACAUCGGAGACGUGGAGAAGCUGGAUGAUGAGCUGAAGGCUUACCUAAAGAUGAACACCUACCUGAAGUGGGGCGACCCGUGGUUCUGGGAUAGGCUGCGAUAUGCUAUGCCACAUCGCAGGGGCAUCAGCAAUAUCAGUAAUGGAGCGCUAAUCAAGUCGGCGCUGAAAGGUUCCACGGACGACAAGCUGGAGUUGAUCAAACCGUCGCCGGUGACGCCGCCGUUGACCACGCCGCCGGCAGAGUCUACCAAGAAUCCGCUGGUAGCGCAGCUAAAUGGCGUCACCCCGCAUCCGGCCAUAAUGAUUGCCAACGGCAAGAACGGUCUGACGAAUCUGUACACACCCAAUGGCAAGUCGCACGGUAAUGGCCACAUCAACGGCGCCUUCAUCAUCAACACGAAUGCCAAACAGAGCGACGUAUAGGAAUGGGAGAAGGCGGAGCUGUUCCAAUUCGAUCCCGAUGAUGAGCUAUUGUUCCGUUAAAGAUAAGCCUCCAAGACGACCACUGCCACUGACGAGGCGGUGUAAGCACCCAGCUGAAUGUAAAAAGUCUAAAGAAUAUUAUCGAUUUCCUCGUGUUUGGUCAUGUAACAGUCGCCCCCCUUAUAGGUUUAAAUAUCUUGUGUAGCGCUUGUAGAAGCUCCAAGAAAACUUAGUGAAAAUUUCAAAUUUCAAUAUUUCAUGUGGCCUUUGUUGACGAAAAAUGAAACAAAAAUGAUUAGUUUGAGGAAAGCUGGAAACACAAGCUAGUUUUACCACAUCACUCUGUUUUAAGUGUUAUAUGUAAGCUUAGCAUAGACCCUGUGACUCUUGUAGACAUAAAAAUCUCAUUUAUUAAGUAAUUAUUUGUACACUAGGAUUAUUGCAAGCUGCCGCAUACAAAACUGAGAAUAGCUCAAUGCUAAAAUACCUUUUGAAAUGGCCACUUUUAUUUAUAUUUUACUUUUGAACAGAAUCUCAAACGUAAUGGGAAUCUGAAUUUUGAACAAAUCGAGCUUUAUUUCGAACUAGCUACUUAUUAUUUGUUAGAACGCAACCUACAACUAGGUGAACCACUUGCAAUACACAUACGACGUAUCCAAAUAGUAGUAUAGACUCUGUAAUUGUGUGAAACAAACGCAACAAAAGCAGCCGAAAUGAAAUACAAAUUGCCUUCUUUGUAUGUAUGUACGUAUGCUAGAUAUAUAGACCCCAAGGAUUCAUAUUCGAUUGCAUACACACCCCGUCUCUGUACAUAAUGAAUGGAUAAUGAUUUCUGUACUUUUCCAAAACGUAUCGCACAGCAGAUUCAAGGUCCUACUCACAACUAUCACUAGUAUCAACUGUAAUCUCACGCCCAUUUAAACGACGCUAUAUAAAUAAGUACAUACCGCCCGAAGACAUAAUUCAGUGGACACACACACUAUCAUGUCAUCUACCAAACAAUUAGGUUAGCUCUUCAUCCAUACGAAAACAGAAUAUCGUCUAUGAUACGUAAAUGUAAUUAAGCUAACGUAUGUGUAUAUCGUCUAAGCUAUAGAUUGUCUCUGAUAUGUAAUACCUAAGGUACCUACAGAUUUAUGCAGACACACACUCAUUUACUCUGUAUGCGUAUAAGUACAUUAAAUCUAAUUGUAUAUGAAACACACAUACAACGCAAAUAAAAUAUAUUUUAAAAAUUUAAAA